AUGGUGCGAGAAAGAAUACGGACUUGGCGCGAAAACAGACAACAACGUCUUGCCAACAAAUCGCUCAAAAAGGAUGAGAAUUCGACGGUGAAGCUGGUUGAUGAUAGCACCAGUACAUGCAACGAAGAAACGACUGACACGACGAAACUCAACAAUGGACCGCCGCAGCAGCCACAACAGCAGCAGCAACAACAGAACAAUGGUCGCCCGAGGCUUCGGGCCUUGGCCAACACUGGCAGAAAUGCCCUCCAAGUUCUAAGACGGAAUCGAAAGCAAAAGGAAGGUUUGCAGAAUUCACAGCAACAAUCAACAAAGCAACAAGAGCAGUCAGGAGAUGAAUCUGACAAAGACAAUCCUGUCGCUGCUGCCAAAAAAGAAGAACCCAAGGUUUGUCCGCGCUUGACAUUGACAGCUCUUCACGAUGCAUGUUCCAACAGAUCCCAGGUUCAGGUUAUCAAGUAUCUGGUGGCCAAACAUCCUGAUGGUGCUGCUGCCGCCACCAAGGAAGGAAAUUUACCUCUUCAUACUGCUUGUGCUGGCAGGGCUUCUUCCUCGGUGGUGGAAUUCCUAUUAGAGGAAUAUUCCGAAGCAACUGGAGUACGCAACAAACGCUAUAAACUACCCAUACAUGUCGCACUAGAGUCUGGCGCCUCACUGGCAGUCAUAAAACUGCUGGCCAAGGCUGACCCAGACUCGCUCCAGGUGGCAGACUACGAUAUUGCCAGCCUACAAUUCCAAAAGGUUUGGAUUCAACAUUGCGCAAAUAUAUCCAUGGGAAACAAAACCGGAUUGCCACUCCAUUAUGCAUGCAAACAUUUGGCAAGUUUGCAGACUAUUCACUUUCUCAUUACCGAGUGUCCAGAUGCUGCCCGGACAAAAAACAAGGAUGGCUGGUUGCCAAUACACUACUCUUGUUCCCGAGGUGCACCACUCCAACAUGUCCAGUACUUGAUGACAGCAUGUCCCAGCUCCCUGUAUGAACGAACAUUGCACUACUAUGAGUAUCCAAUGCAUCUGGCUGCUGGAAGAUGCACUGCCAAUAUCAAGGUCGUCAAGUACAUUCAGAGUAGACACUCCAUUGCAUGUACACAAACAAAACCAAACGAAGGACUCUACUUGACAUACUAUGACGAAGCUUGCUUACAGUCUGCCCCGGCAGCUGUGACUUGGUUCCUUGCAGAUGUAUGCGCCAAAGCAUCCAAGGGAUAUUCAUUUCUAGCCGACGCGGAGGAUCCCUACAACUAG